AUGCGGUUCUCUACCCUGUUCACCCUCGGCCUGGCCACCGUUGCCAUCGCCACCCCCACCAAGGUCCAGCGUGAUGUGGCCCCUGUCGAGAGCGUCAUCUCGGCCAUCGAGGACAAGACCGAUGCCCUGGGCUCUGCCAUCAACAGCUACAACGGCGGUGACACUAAGAGCGUCGAGUCCGCCUCCGCCGACCUGAUCUCCACUAUCAAGUCCGGUGUCUCGACCGUCAACAGCAACGGUGACCUGACCAGCACCGACGCCCUGGCCCUCACCAGCCCCGUCCAGGACCUCACCAAGAAGGUUGAGGCCACCGUCGACAGCAUCAUCAGCAAGAAGUCCGCCUUCGUUGGCGCCGGCGCUGGUGGCACCGUCCUCGAGUCCCUCAAGGCUCAGUACUCCGCCGCUCAGAGCCUCGCCGAUGCCAUCUCCUCCAAGGUCCCCUCGUCUCUCUCGGACCUCGCUGCCCAGCUCUCCUCCGGCAUCACCAAGGCCAUCCAGAAGGGCAUUGACGCCUACAAGGAUGCCGGCUCUUCCUCUUCCACCACCUCCCAGGGAUCCUCUGCCUCCACCACCGGCGGUGCCUCCACCACUGGCGGUGCCUCUACCACUGGCGGCUCCUCGGCCACCACCACUGCUGGCCCUACCACCACCUCUACCCCUGUGAUCCCCACCGGUGGCUCUUCCGGCAGCUCCUCCGCUGUCCCCUCCUCCUCCGGCGCCACCGGCACCACCUCCGCUCCUCUGCCCACCUUCACCGGUGCGGCUAGCAAGGCCGGCUACUCCCUCGGCGGUGCUCUUGCCGCUGCCGCCCUCGUUGCUGCUUUCUAA